UCAGAUCAUAAAUUGUUUUUUGUAAUAUGUUUUCAGAGGGGAUUAAUUCACACAUCCACGGAUAUCAUCAACAGUACAGGUCAAGAUCGGAACUGGGCCGUUCAAUUGCGUGAGAUCCGGGGUCAUGGCAAAUCCAAGUUGGGGGAACUAUGGGACUCCAGAAGACAUUCGAAGGGGUACGUUCGACUUUGGAAAUUUUACGAGCUUAUUGGAAACUUGAAUUUACCUGGAAAAUGAUCCCAUCUUUAACUCUGGGAACGGAGGGAAUGAUCUUCCCAACUUUAAUUCUCCAAGAGUACAUCAACAAUCGAACGAGUUAUACCAAAAUGGUGAGGGCUUAGGAAACAUGCCAUGGGUGAAUAGGUUUGCCACUACCGAGCAAGGUGAUGGAGGAUCGAGUGACAAUGGUCCACGUGUUCAACAGUUUGUGGAGGAGAACAAUUCUUUGCCUCACUUGUAUGCAAAUUCUGACUUUCGACAAAGUCACAACAGUACAGGUCAUGGAAUUGAGGCCCAGGUCGGAUAUGACAAUUGGGAGUGGAUGAACAACAACAAUGGAAAUGCUAGUUCAAGUACGAAUGUAUUUGGCGAUGACGCUGACUCUGAGUACUCGAUCCCGAAUGAUGAGUUUUAUGCCGAAUUUGAAGAGGACGAAUUGUUGGUGGACCUUUUGACCAUAGCAUUGUUGCAUGCCAUACAAAUCCUACGUAUGCCGCAGAGGCUACCAUUCCACACUUCCUCCUUGUCGGGUAAAGCUUAUGUACAUGAACUAAUGACUAGUCGUGAUGAGAGGUUUCAACUUGAGCUUUGCAUGCCCAAAGACACUUUUGCAAAAAUAGUCCACGAACUUCAAGGAAUCUAUGGCUGGAGUUCUUCUCGAAUGAAAAAUGAUGGAGUUGAUUGCUUCUAG